CUUUCUCGAUCGAUCAGUGAGCAUUAAUUCACGAUGGCUUCAUUUGACCAAAAGCUAGCCAUGGCCAAAAGAUGCUCUCACGAAGGAGCAGUUGCAGGAGCUAAAGCUGCAGUUUUAGCUACGAUUGCCACUGCUAUUCCAACUAUGGCAAGUGCAAGAAUGUUGCCAUGGGCAAGAGCUCAUCUUAACCAUCCAGCCCAAGCUCUCAUUGUCUCCACAGUCGCGGGAGCUGCAUACUUCAUAGUUGCGGACAAGACAAUUUUGAAAACUGCAAGGAAGAACUCCUUCAAUAAUAAUACUCCUCCGCUCCAGCUUAAACUUUAUUGAUGCA